CUACUUCUUUACUAUGGGACCCCAAGUCGACUGUGGUAGUUACAGUCCAUCACUCAACAUCGUUGGACUCGGCCGAAUAAUGAACCGUCCCCAACUCCGAUCCGAUGAAUAAGAAAAAAGACUCACAACUCCGAGGCGGAUUCGGAGCGGGUAGGGCUGCAGUCAGCACCAGUUGAAAUUCGGCUUCGUAUGCCGCAUCAUAUCCUUUCUGAGCACAUUGCUCCGUGGUGGACAAAGUAAUCGACUGAUGUUUCAGUCAGCGAGCCUAAAAAGCAGCCGUAUUGAUGCAUCUCUGACUGUGCCCUUCGGCGGCCGGGAAAGCGAUUGAACACCUGUGGAGUAUAAAGACACCGACCCGACUCCCCGUGCUCAGCAAAACAUCUCAAUAUGAGCCCAACACUCCACAGCCUCUCCAUUUCCCUCAUACUUCUUCUCAGUAGUCUCAUCAUGUCUGCCUGUGCCUCUCCUCGCAAUAUCUCCAUCGGAGUACUGUACCUGGAUCACUACCAAUACCUCGAUGCCGCCGGCCCCAUCGACAUAAUCGGAAUGUCGUCUACAGCGUACGCUGGUAGAUUCGCACCCGAAGCUAUCAAAGCCCUCGCCCCAGAGAUAAUCUGGCACCACGUUUCCGCUACAUACCCGAAGCCAAUGCAGGCCUCGUCGGGUCCUCCUUCGCUCCCGUCAACAAACCUCAGCUCCUGUCCCAAGCUCGACUACCUCCUCAUUCCAGGCCCAUCACCAACGCUGAUCCUCACGGAGGAGGAAAAAGAAUUCAUCAUUAGGAAGUCCGAGGAGGUCGAGGCGGUCAUGACGAUUUGUACGGCUGGCCUGAUUUUGUCUCAGACGGGACUGUUGGAGGGGAAGAAGGCGUGUACGAACAAAGUCUCCCUGGCCGCGCGAGCAGCGGCUGGAACGGUACCCAAGGGCGUGCACUGGGUGAGUGAUCGCAGAUGGGCGGUUGAUGGGAAGUUUUGGAGCAGUGCGGGGAUCACGGCGGGAAUGGAUUUGGCUGUGCAGUGGGUUAGGAGGGUUGUGGGCGAGGAGAUGCUGCAGUGGGUCAAGGAGGUGGCUGAAUAUGAUCCGAUUGAGGCUGGAGGUGAUAGGUUUUCGUACUUGUUGACGGGAGCUGAAUUGUAAGGGAGGGAGGGACGAUGGUGCUAUUCAAGCUUAUUACUGGUUCUUUCCUAUGAGAUGGCUAGGCUAUAGAAUUUAUUUAUCAAUUUUGUCUUUCUCAUUGUAAUCCCAUACUCCUCAAACUCUAUCUAUUAAUCGUCAAACCGCACCUGCCUAAUUCCGUUGACACAUAAAGAUUCCCAGAGCACAUGAGACUCUCGUCCGUCGGAUACCUCCGUUCAAUCUAUACCGCAUAAACAAAAUUUUGAAGAACUUUCUGAACCUAGUUGCAAAUCAGUCUGGAUCCAAUGAG